GAUGGGACGGCCUGCUCCACCGCACCUGAGAGUUGAUCUGCACCAAUCAUCUGCCCUGCCCUGCUCCCAAUCAUCAUCACAUGGUACCAGGUGCAUGGAUCAGAUAUAGGCCACGUCAGACUUCAAGAUAGUGCAAGCGCUCGUCUUCAUUUUCUCUUCAUCGCGAAUCAUUUCCCUCCUUAUCGCGCCUAGCAUACAGAUACUGAUGCUGAUAUUCUUUUGAUGUUACGUCCAAGUCGAUCGGUCAUUGGCUGAACGGCAUCAUAGCUGCGCGCUUAGAUCCACGAGCCACUUGGGUUGGCUAUCGAGUGGAUCCCAAAGACCCCAGACACAGGAGGAAGCUGUGAUAAAGGCAUAUGGUUGUCGAACGUGAUGGCUAUAUUCCACUGUUGGAUCUGGCCUUACGGAGUAUCGAAAAAUUUCGAGUACCUCCAGUUCUUCAAGCAAUGCGACUCAGUAGUGUCUUCACUGAGCAGAGCAGUCCGAUGCGCCUUGCUACCCUUGUCGUCAUAUGCGGAGCUAUAGGCCUACAAAUAGAAUGCAUCAUUUGGAUUCAGCGUUCAAUACUGCGUCUGAGCACUCACAACACUCAAAGCGACGAGCAGGCUAUUAAUUCAUGGCAGAUACCCGCCCUUGACCCCAUCUUAAUGGCAUUCGAAGACUCAGUUCAUUAUGGCAUACACGGCUCCGUUGCAAAGGCAGAGUGGGACAGUCUGGUUCCCGGCGACGGCCUGAUAUAUCUCGAAGAGCAGGGCUCUGAACGACCCUUCAUGAUAUCUAUGUUUCAUGAGCUCCGCUGCCUUGGUAUCAUUCGCGAUGGUCUUUUGGCUAGAUGGAAGGACGUCGAUAACCCACUCCCAUCGGAGGAAACACCCGCCGUUAUUCGCCAUUGCGUGAAUUAUUUGAGGCAAAUGAUCAUUUGCCGCUGUGAUAUUGCCGUAGAAAGUCUGAUGGAGAUGCCGUCGACUGGCUAUCCCGAUCUCUAUCUUUGCAAGGACUGGUCUGCCGUGUACGAUGAAGCAGUCAAAAACCAGCAGCUGCAUGCAAUGAGGACCUCAAACUCAUGAUACGACGCUAUCACUCGUUGGAAUGACUCACCACCUAUUCCAAUCAGUCAUUGGCGAGGACGAGAAAUCGCUCCGGAAAGAAUUCAAUCCGUUGUAACUGCCCUGAAUAGUUAGAAGAGAAGUGGAUAAUGGCCGAUCUUACUGUAAUCCAACAUGUAAAUCAGAUCCUCGAAAUUAUAGGCAUCACGCAUUC